CUUCCUGGUGCACCGAUCACAUGCGCUUACGUCAGAUCCUUGGCUCUCCCUCACCACCAUCCUCAAACAGGCCUCACCAUUUCUCCAACUCAAACCAACCCACCCCCCGCCUCACAACCCAGAUAAAGAGAAAAGAUGCACCUCACAUACAAAACCCUCCUCCCCCUCCUAUUAUUAUCCCACCCCCCUCCAACCCACAGCACCCCAGUCCCGGCCCCCCCCAAACCAUCACAAGAUCUAACCCCCCUCCCCCUAAUAAUCUGGCACGGCUUAGGCGACACCUACACGAACCCCUCCCUCACAACCCUCGCCCACAGAAUCACCACAAUCCAAGAAGGGACCUACACGCACCUAAUCCACCUCGGCGACGACGCGGCCGCCGACCGCCGCAGCACCUUCCUGGGCAACCUAACAGAGCAAAUCGACGCCGUCUGCGCCCAGCUCGCCGCCGACCCCAUCCUGCGCACUGCCCCAGCCGUCAACGCCCUGGGCUUCUCGCAGGGCGGCCAGUUCCUGCGCGCCUACAUCGAGCGCUGCAACAGCCCGCCCGUGCGCACGCUCAUCACCUUCGGGUCGCAGCACAACGGCAUCGCGAAGUUCCAGAGCUGCGGGUGGGCGGAUCUGGUGUGUCGGGGCGCGGAGGCGCUUUUGCAUGCGGGCCGGUGGAGCCAGGUGGUGCAGGGAGGGUUUGUGCCGGCCCAGUAUUUUAGGCCUGAGGCUGGGGAUCAUUCUGGGGAGGGGGGAGAGUCCGAGAUGGAGCUCUACCUGCGGCACAGCAACUUCCUGGCGGACGUGAACAACGAGCGCAGCGUUAAGAAUGCGACUUACAAAGAGAAUCUCACACGGCUUGACAAGUUUGUGAUGUUUAUGUUUGAGGACGACGGCGUCGUGCACCCGAAGGAGUCGGCGUGGUUUGGCGAGGUGGAUGCCGCUGGCGCGGUGGUUCCGCUGCGCGAGCGGGAUAUCUAUACGGAGGAUUGGAUUGGGCUUAAGGAGCUGGAUGAGAAGGGCGCGUUGGUCUUUCGGAGUGUGCCUGGGAGGCAUAUGGAGAUUGGGGAGGAGGUGCUGGAGGCGGUUGUGAGGGAGUUUUUGGGGCCGGUUGAUUUGGAGGGGGGUUCUGGGUCUAUGGGUGGGCUGGGGUUGGUUGUGCAGGGGGUUUAGAUGAUAUUAGAUUGGCUGUAUAUUGAGGUGCCUGGGGAGUUGAAAGAAAGGGGGGUCCGGGGGUUCUCCCCCGGAAAUGCUUAUAUACUUGGCCUUAGAAUUGAGGUGCUUGGGAAGUUGAAAGAAAAGGGGGGUCCGGGGAUUCUGCCCCGGAACGCUUACACGCUUGGUCUUCGAAUUGAGGUAGCCAGGAAGCUGAAAGAAAAGGGGGGUCCGGAGGUUCUCCCCCGGGACGCUUAUAUUCUGGUGAGAAGAUUGAUGGCGGGAGUCAAGUCAUCAAAUUAUAGUCUUAUGGUAUUAUGUAUAUCACUGAUUGACUCGGUAUAAACAUUACAUAGUCUCGCUUCGGU